GCAGGCAGUUGCAGGGAUUGGUAAUCAUGUCGUUGGACCAUAACAUGGGCGACACAAUGGCAUGUUGCCAGUAACAUAUGCCAAGGCAAUUCGAGAAAUGUUUUUGGACAGUAGGGCCUUCACAAGGCAGCUUGAGGACGAGGUCACGAUUAUGAGGAGAUGCAGACAAGCGUACAUUGAGGAGGGGUAUGACAAGGUCAUAAAAUGGGAUGAGAAGGGGUGUUUGGGACAUGCUUACAUCCUUGAGCACAAAGACACAUCAAGAUGGAGAUCAAUUUGUGCUUCGUACAACGAGUCGGCUGGAAGAAUGGAUAAGGUUGUGGGAAAAGCGGUCAAUCACAUGUUGUGGAAUUUGCCAAGAAGCACGAACUUCAACCCGAAGAGCACACAACAAUUCACUGGCCACAUCCAAACAAUUAACAAAAGCAUGGCAUCGGGUUUUGCAAAGAAGGGACUGUUGGCCGCCAGUUUCGACACUAAAGAUAUGUUUUCGAAGUUGUCACAUGAGGCUAUCAUCCAAGCGGUUGAGUGGGUGGUCGAGGUGUAUGAGAGCAAAGGAUUCGACCACGUGCGAGUGAAGCGCGAAGGCAAAGGGGUCACUUUUGGUAAAGAGGCUGGUGAAGUCGGACGGAGAACAAUGUCUUUUCGUGAAAAGAAACCUGGGACCGCAGAGGUGGUAUCUGGGACCGCAACGGUGGUAGCGGGGACCGCAACAGUGGAAGCUGGGACUGAGACGGUGGAAGCUGGGACCUCAACGGUGGUUCUUCCUCCCGAUGAACAGGGAAAGGGGGAGCUUCCUGCUCAGGGAGAGCAGACACGUCGAUCGCAAGGGCUGCAUCCUCCGCGGAACGUGAUCCCGAACGCCAAGGACAAGAUGAGCAUAACAGCAUCCAACAUGUCGGCUGGACCAAGCAAUCAGCUCAGCGCAAUCACUUUUCGAGAUCCCAGUAUCUAUACCGCCACGGAUGUUAGCACAGCAAGACAGGCCAGAGAUUUCCCAUGGAGCCAUAACGUGAAUGCGAAGGGUGUGGCGGUAUUCAGGGAGGACACGUGGAAGGCUUUGCACCAUUGCAUCCACCAACCGGCAGGCCGUGAUCCUCGACUGUCUAGACAGGUCCAACCUUGUCCGCAAGGGCGAGUCGGACACUGCUUGCAGACUGAAGGUUCGGAGAUGAACCUUUCAGAUGUCGCCAGCAGACAGGUUGAGGCACCAGUGAGGAUGUGGGGACCACCAGGUACAACAGCUCAGCAAACCCAUGACACCAAUUGGCCCAGAGAUGGGACCAGCUCCUCAACUGCCAUGCUGCCUCCAGGCCCAGUGGCUGCAAGUGGAACCCAUGAAGAGCAAAUGCAGGCUGCAUAUCGCCAUCGUCGAAGGGAACGCGUUCAGUAUCGCAAACAACAAAGGACUGCUGUCGCCAAGGGUGACAAUGCCGGCGGGUGUCAGCCACCACCCACUGCCCAUGCUGGGUCGACUGCGAGCUGCGAAGGUGUGGGUUGCGAAGGGGCACCAGCACAUGCAAUGCCAGCUAUAACCACCAGUUUGAACCCAGGUCUCGCUGCCCCUCUUGAUUUCAGGCCACCACAUUGGCCUUCUCCACAUGUCACUCCCUUUCCAGCGUAUCCAAUCUCCGGAGUGCCGGAGGCGAUGCCGCAAUUACCACAUUCCAGGCCAGGCAUUCAGCGUGGGAGAUCACCGGUGCGGAGAUCGAGCAGAUCUCCGGACAGAUCACACGAUGACAAACGGCGACGCGAGAGACGCAGAUCGAGGUCAAAGUCGAGAUCUACAUCGGCAUCAAGUAGACGGCGGAGGAGGAGUGGAUCACGUGACCGCGAUCAGGAAGAGGGAGGCUAUGAAUUUCCGUACAACAAACCCGCUCCUGGCAAUCAGGUGUGGUUCACGGUGGAGUUGCGUGACGAACUAUACGCACUACGUAGGGAACUGGAUAGGCUGAAGAAGAGAGUUGAUAAGCUGGCGGAUGAUUUCAAGGCGGAAGGCAAGAAGAAGUUUGAAUUUGUCACUACCGAUAUGUUGAAACAGGCAAUAGAAGCUGCUGUGCGACCAUCGAAUGCCUCACAGACACUCACGACUGGAGCACCGGAAAACGGUGUGAAAGCUGACCAUGUCGAGAACACAAAGAGGAGUGAUCCUCACAAAGUCAGCGCAGACAUCCAGAACCUGCAGCGGCAACUGGAUGACAUGCGGGAUCUCCGCUAUCAGCUGGCUACUAUCAAAAGCAGCAUACACACUCCGGCGAGAAGACCUUUCAUUUCUCCCCGUACGAAAGUCAUUUCGGCCAGCAGGACACCAAAGAAGCCAACGCCUAGUAACAAGAACGGAGGAGGGACCAGCGGUACGAAGAAGCCGACUACUACUUCGAACCACAAUCCAAGGCGCAGUGCGGUACGUGGCAUGCCGCAAGCCAGGGUGGCGCUGAGGAAGAUUCCAGGCGUGAUCAUCACCAUUACGGAGGAGCUGCCGGAUCAGACUGAAGAUGGGGAUGAAGUGCAAGGCAGCAGACAUGUGGGAGAUGAGCCUACUGAAGUAACGGAGUCAUCGGAUGAUGAAGAUGACGCAGUUGCCAAUUCCUCGGAUGAAGUUGAUGACUCUGAACAGCAGACCUCGAGACAAUUUGAACCAUCAGCAAACUAGCUGGGGACACGUCCGGCACUUGCCAGUCUUUCGGAUGAAGUUAUUUGGCAGCUCAUCAGUUAGUGUAGUGGUCUACUGAAAGA